UUGCUAAAUGAAUCCGUCAGUUACCUGUCUAGGCUCAGAGACAGAACAAGCUCCUCAGUGCGGACCCAGCUAUGGAUGUAGAUGUUAUGAGACCGUAUGUCCAGGAGUUCAGACUUGAUAACUGUGCACGUGGAAAUCAGGGGUAUAACCGAGUUCUCCUCCAGCUCUUUGGUUAUACAGGCCAUGGUAAAUCCUCCUUCAUUAACAGCUGCAAGUACGUUGUGGAUGAUGGACUGUAUCAGGAGUACGCAAAGGUUGCUGGAUCAGAAGAUAAACCUGAGACAAUGAAGAGGAAUUCGUAUAAGCUGACAGAGAACAUCACACUGGUCGAUAACCGAGGAUGUGCCACUAUGAAUAAGUAUGAAACCGGGGCGAUAUAUGCACAGCUAGGGAACUUUCUACCACUGGACACUGAAGUUAAAUGGAACCACAAUUUUGAGGAUAUGCUGAAAAUAACACUGGAUUCAGAAAGUCAGGAUACUGACAGUGAUUUUAUAGUCCCUGUGUUUAUCUACAGUGCGGAUAAAGGCAUGACGGACAAUGAAAUGGAUGAACUGAAAGAUUUUCUAGAGAAGGCCAGAGAUAUAACAGGACUCUUCCCCACAGUUGUCCUCACCAGGAAGCUCAGUAGAAAUCUACCACUGGUACAGGAUAAAUUCAGAAAGUUGGGAGUGGAGAACAUGUUCUCUAUAGAGAAUUACACUGCAGAAGAUCACAGGAAGACCCGGCGAAAGCAUGAGGAUAUUGCAAAGUGUCUGUAUGAGAUUAUUAAAGAUGUUGAGUUUAAGCUUAAAGAGGAAAGGAAUCCUGCAGCUGAAAAGAGAAAAAGGAGAGAAAUUAUCUGUGUGUUUGCACACCAGAGAGCUAUGGAGAGAGAGAAAGUACAUGCCAUCACCGCAGCUGCAUUGUGGGCAAUGCAAAGGGAAAGGGAAAUAGAAAGGGAAAAUAAAGUCUGUAUUUUGCUGUAAAGUCCUCUUGGUUAUGGAUCAUAGGGUCAACCUGAGAAAGGUCUACAAUACUUAAGUUGACAACAAAAGGUCAACAGGCACUUGGUUGACAUGGCAAAGGUCAACAUGUUUUUUUUUGUGUCGUUUAAUCCGUAAAGUGACCAGGAACCCCAAUUGGUGAACCGCAUCCCCUUGCAAGGCUCUCGAGCUGCAGGUUACUAUUCCCGAUCAUAGUCCACGUGGAUAGUAAAGUAUGAAAAAAUUGAAAAUGGAAAUAAAUGGCACAAAACUCAUGUCGACCUUUUCACAUGUCGACCCUUUGUCCAUGUUGACCAAUAUUGGUCAACCUAAUGAAUGUAGAUCUAGCAUCUGGAUAUUGUACUCUUUAGGUGAGCUCAUUGAAGGGUUAAACAUGCUAUAUGAAUUGUUAUGUGCUUGAAUAAACACGUACGCACUCUCUACAAGAUGCCCUUGUCUGUUCAUAUAAUAUAAGGCUUGUGUGUGUCUUAUCUUCAAGGACAAUUACAUACCAGAUCAAAACUGUUACUUCUGUGUGUUACUAAUUAUCCUGCAUGUAAUGUCGUAUGCUACUUCUAUUUAUCCAAUCAUAUGCUUGCACAUAUUGUAUACACCCAUGUACGUUGUCUUUAUAAACCUUUGUUAACCAUAUAAUAAAGCAGAGUGAAUCUUAA